AUGGCAAAAGCUGUGCCCGCAGUUCGGCUUCGUGGCAAGCAGCCAUGCCCUCAAAGAGUGAAGAAGAAUGGCCAAAAGUCAAAGGGCAAGCAGACCAAGCCAAAACGAGACACGAUUCGAUGUCAAGCGUUGAAAGAUGGCUUGUUGCCACCUGCUAGAAGGCCUUUUGCGCUCUUUGUCAAGGACAACGUGCGUGGGCAGAAAGGAGGUGGGAGAAGCGAAUGGCGGCUUGAGAUGAAGCGCUUGGGGGCCAUGUGGCACAAGUUACCCAUUGACCAGAAGAAGCGCUACUUUGACCAAUCCAAUGCCGAGUUUGCCAAGCAGCAUUUUGUGAUGAAGCAGAUGGGCAUGCCACUGCGAAAGUCAAGCUCGCGAACAACUCACACGCUGGCAAAGGACGUGCUUCCAGAACCUGAAGAUCCUGUCAUGAUCGGAGGCUACAAGGUGGUGAAUGCGGAUCCUGGCCUUCCUGAUUGCCAUCCCCUAGGUGAAGGCGCUUAUGGCAGCGUUUUCCUUUGCUUAGACAAGCUUCAACGAAGAUGUGCUGUGAAGGUCUUCAAGAAGAAGAGCGCACUCGAGGAUCUCAACCAUGAGCUCGUCCUUUUGCAAGCAUUGCAAGAACAAAGCGACCAGAAACUCCGAGGAUUUUACCCCUGCAUUUUGGAAGCACAGCCCUGUUUCAAGCCUUUUCCAUUUUUGGCUCUUGAAUAUUGUGGCUCCAGCUUGUUUUCUUUGCUUGGGGAAAAAGGAGCUUUUAGCGUAGAUGACAGUCGCGCCAUCGCUUUGCAGCUGAAAGCUGCAGUGCGUGGCUUGCACUCGUUGCAGAUUUUGCAUUUGGAUUUAAAAACAAGCAAUGUGCUUUGGUGCGUUGUCCGGCGUGAGCUCAAGUUGGCAGACUUUGGGAUGUCUGAAUAUAUCCCAGGGUAUGGUCCUUCAAUUCGUUUUCCCAUGUAUGUAACAGCAAGUUACCGAGCCCCAGAAUUGUGGCACGCUGCUCAAAGGGACCUUUCCAAGUGGUUGGGGCCUGCAGUCGAUUUAUGGUCGUUUGGUUGUGUUCUCUAUGAGGUUGCAGUUGGAAAGAUCCUUAUGCGCCCACUGCGCAACAACCUUUGUGGUUGUGAGAACACCAUCAAGGAGUGGUGCCAGCAGUGGCAAUCCUUGCAGAAAUCAUUGCAGGGAUCAAUAAGACCAAGUCUUUCAAAUGCACAGGUCAGCCGAAAUUUUGACUAUCGGCUGGUGAAUCGUUUGCACUUGCUGGAACCAAGCUUCAGGCCAGCAAUCAAGGCUAUGCUCAACCCGGAUCCUGCUCAGAUCGACUUCACCGAAGCCGCCAUCCUUCGCGGGGAGAAAGGAAACUUCAGCGUGGAGGCUCCGGUGAUGGUUUGCCCUGAGUAUGCAUCGAGAUACAAGAGUGCCAAAGAUGCAGUGGUUGGAUUCGCAACGGAGGUCUUUUUGUUGGUGCCCGCCACGUCGAGGCAGUUGGCCGCCGAAGCACUGGCCUCUGAGCUGGAACUGCUGGCACAAGAGCCUUCACGAGGUGUUGGCCAGACCUUCCAAGAUGUUUGGGCGAAGUUACCUUGGCGUUGCGAGCCCUUGACGCAGGGCCGCCUGGAGGCGGCCGCGGAGCGCUGCGCAGAGGUCCAGAUGCGUUCCGCGUGA